CGGCUCGGCCACGCCGCCGCCGUCCUUGUCGCCGCCGUCCAUGCACAGCCCCAAAAUCAACUUGAACGCUGUGUCCUACCACCCGAAACACAUUACUGUCUUCAUUCCUGGCCAGGCAGAAACCGUGCUUGAUGUGGACGAAGUCAUGUCCCGCGCGCAGUACUUCAAGCAGACGGCCGAGUCGCUCCUGGCUGUCAACCGCAACGGCGAAAUGGAGAACGCGCAGCUCCGGGACCACUUGUCGCGGUCGCUCCUCCGAAUGGAGCAGCUCGAGCACGAGAACCGCCUCCUGCAGCAGCUUAACAUGACGCUCCAGACGGAGCUCGCGACGCUCCAUGGCCACCUCAAGCCGCAACUCGGCAUGCGUCCGCCCGGGCUUUGAGCCGCUCUUCGCUAGGCACUUAGGCGCGUCCUCUGUUAUUUAGAUUUAGAACCUAACGAAUCCACGGCCCUAGUCUUCGACC